AUGCUGACCGCACAUAGGACAUGUGCAGCUCAGGCUGCACGCAGACUUCUAGGAUCUUCCUGCUCCUCACAGACACACUCUCGACAGUUUCGCACAGCAGUGUCCUGUCAGGAUGAGGUGGCUCUCCAUAAGGAGUGGGCCAGCCUGGCCAAGAAACAACUGAAGGGGAAGAAUCCGGAAGACCUGAUCUGGCGCACACCGGAGGGUCUCAACAUCAAACCAGUCUACACUAAAGCGGACUCUGCCCUGAAACCUGAUGAGCUGCCGGGGGUCUUCCCCUACACUAGGGGGCCCUACCCCACUAUGUACACAUUCAGGCCUUGGACCAUCAGGCAGUAUGCUGGCUUCAGCACUGUGGAGGAGAGCAACAAGUUCUACCGGGAUAACAUCAAAGCGGGUCAACAGGGUCUCUCAGUCGCCUUUGACCUCCCGACUCACCGUGGCUACGACUCCGACAAUCCCCGUGUCCAUGGCGACGUCGGAAUGGCGGGGGUUGCUAUAGACACGGUGGAGGACACCAAGAUGCUGUUUGACGGCAUCCCUCUGGAGAAGAUGUCAGUGUCUAUGACAAUGAACGGAGCAGUGAUCCCCGUGCUGGCAAUGUUCAUCGUGACGGGGGAGGAGCAGGGGGUACCCAAGGAGAAACUGACAGGAACUAUCCAGAAUGACAUUCUUAAGGAGUUCAUGGUGCGCAACACCUAUAUCUUCCCGCCGGAACCUUCCAUGCACGCAAUCGCUGAUAUCUUUGCGUACACAUCCAAGCACAUGCCCAAGUUCAACUCCAUCUCCAUCAGUGGCUACCAUCUCCAGGAGGCCGGGGCAGACGCCAUCUUGGAGGUUGCCUACACCAUCGCCAACGGGCUGGAGUACUGCCGCACUGGGCUGAAAGCUGGCCUGACCAUCGAUGAGUUCGCCCCUAGGUUGUCGUUCUUCUGGGGUAUUGGUAUGAACUUCUACAUGGAGAUAGCCAAGCUUAGGGCAGGCAGGAGGCUGUGGGCCACGCUCAUCAAGGACAAGUUCAAACCCAAACUGGACAAGUCUCUGCUCCUCAGGACCCACUGUCAGACUUCUGGUUGGUCCCUCACUGAACAGGACCCAUACAACAAUGUGGUCCGUACAGUGAUUGAGGCUAUGGCUGCUGUGUUCGGGGGGACUCAAUCUCUACACACCAACUCUUUUGACGAGGCUCUGGGUCUCCCCACUGUAAAGAGCGCCCGCAUCGCCCGCAACACCCAAAUCAUCAUCCAAGAGGAGUCUGGGAUACCCAAGGUCGCCGACCCCUGGGGAGGGUCACAUAUGAUGGAGUCUCUGACUGACGACGUCUACAACACUGCUCUGAAGUUUAUCAAUGAGAUUGAGGAAAUGGGAGGCAUGGCCAGAGCUGUGGCCGAAGGCAUCCCUAAACUACGCAUUGAGGAGUGUGCUGCUCGCAGACAAGCUCGCAUAGACUCCGGUUCUGAGGUGAUUGUUGGGGUGAAUAAGUACCGCCUGGAGAAAGAGGAGUCGGUGGAUGUGCUGGCUAUUGAUAACACUGAUGUACGCAACAAGCAGAUCGAAAAACUGAAGAAGGUGAGAGCAAGUCGUGACACUGAGGAGGCGAAGAAGUGUCUGUCGGCCAUAGAGGAGUGUGCUCGUACCAGGGAGGGGAACCUACUGGAGCUGGCUGUGGCAGCUGCUCGAGCCAGAUGUUCGGUAGGGGAGAUCACCAAUGCCAUGAAGGCUGUGUUUGGGGAACACAAAGCCAGUACCAGGAUGGUGAGUGGAGCUUACCUCAGUGAGUUUGGAGAACAUGAGGAGAUCUCCACAGCACACAACCGUGUGGUGAGUUUUAAAAAGCAUGAGGGCAGGAACCCUCGUCUGCUGGUUGCCAAGAUGGGCCAGGACGGCCAUGACAGGGGGGCAAAAGUUAUCGCUACGGGAUUUGCUGAUCUGGGAUUUGAUGUCGACAUUGGGCCUCUCUUCCAGACCCCCCUGGAGGUGGCCCAGCAGGCAGUGGAUGCGGACGUCCAUUGUGUUGGUGUCAGCACGUUGGCCGCAGGACAUAAGACCCUGGUCCCAGAGCUCAUCAAGGAGCUGCGCAACCUCAAACGACCUGACAUCCUGGUCAUCUGUGGAGGGGUCAUCCCACCUCAGGACUAUGAGUUCCUGUACCAGAGUGGUGUGUGCUGUAUCUUUGGCCCCGGGACCAGAAUCCCUCAGGCUGCUGUAGAGGUUAUCGACAGCAUUGAGAAGAGCUUGGAAAAGAACCUCCAGAACAUGUAGACCGACGCCUGACAAUGUAACUGCGUGUACACAAUGGGAUCUUUCUAAGAGAUGUACUGAAAGACAGAUAAAACCAUGAAAGACAUCAUAGUGAUAUCCCUGCAAAGGUUAUCCCAGAAAAAGGAGAUUGGACUUUUUGAAGGGGAUCGUAUCAUCCGAGGUCGCUGAACUAUUACUCUGGGAUUUGUUUGAUGGAACAGCUUGAGAUUUUUCAGAACAUAUGUUCAGUCUAAUCAAUUAGAUAAAAAUGUUUAACAAGAUGUAUCUUGAUCACUUAUUGAUUCUGCUGGCUGUUCUGAACUUCAUAUUCUUGCUGAACACUUGCACUGUAGUCUCGUGAAGAAACCUUUUUAAAUGUAUUUAUCCAGGUAGGUUAUAUAAGACUUUGGCAUUACACAUACUCUUUAACAACCUGGCAAUGUGUAUGUCAUUUGGUCGAUACGUCGAUGCUCACAAUUGAACCUUUUAAAUCCUGAACUUGCGUUCUGGCAAAUAGUAAUUACUAAUUUCAAUGCAUGGAUUAAUUACACCAGUGCAAGUCCUAACUUGAAAUGUGCAAGACCAGCUUUGACCCAAAAUGUAAUUUACUCGUUAUUUUGCAGUGGGUUUGAGAUUUGCCUGUUUCUGAUUAUGUCAUAGAACAGAUCAGACAUAAUACUACAUACAUACUACAUUCUUGAUACAUGGUGGGCUAUCACAUUCUCUUUUGCCUUAUGUGGAAUCUUUGUAUUAAAAAAAGAAAAGAUAUCUAGCUAUCUAUCUAGCUAGCUAUCUAGCUAUCUAUCUAGCUAUCUAUCUAUCAGCAAGACCUUCCAACGAUUUGUCUGGGAAUAAGAGUUGAAUACUGUGGAGCAGUGUUUCAUAUCCAGCUGCCCCGUUCUUAUCUCUGCUCUCAACAAAAGAAAGCUCAACAGCUCUUUCUUUCUCAUUGUCCUUACAUACCUAUCCACAGUCAAAGCCAUCCAGAAACAAAACCUAGCCUUAAGGAUUCCUUCAGCCGUCUCCAACCACUUUGGGCACAAGAUCUACCUAAAUAAUUAGACUUUUCCCUAGGUCCUUAGUGUACAAGACCAAAUACUGAAUUUGACAACAUUGCUGUUACAAUACAGAUUUACAACCACGUUUAAGAGGGCCCUAUAAAAUGUUAGGUUUUCCAGAAUUCUGUUUAAAGGAUUUUUUAAUUAUGUUGUAAGUUUUCUGUUCUACAAAAUAAAAUGUGAUGUUGUACGUCCAUGUCAAUUAUUAAAUGACAUUAGAAGACC